AUGCGUCGGCAGUGGCUGAAACGACAUAAGCAGCGGUUGAAACGGCGGCAGCAACUACGAGAUCGUUUUAAGAUUGAUCGACUAGAACCGGGCUCUUCGGCCGGGCCAGACGACGUGUGUGUGUCAAACCAAAAUCCACCCUCGCCACGCAUCGAUGCUAUUACCCCCGCACUGGACGAUGAAGAAUAUUGUAUUAAUGAUGAGCUACCCUGCCAACACAAUAGAAGACGGAUAGUAAAAACCAACAGUUUGUCGUCCGAGACUGCGACGUCAUCGUCUCACGCAAUCACGAACAACCUGUUGAAGGCGCCGGUAAUGCGGAUUCAGCGCCGUAGUCGCAGUCGCACCCGUAACCACGGUAAGCCCCGGCGACUUUGCACCGUGUCGCCGCCCAGCCAUCGCUCGAGCAUCAUUACCCAAGAGAAGAUACGGGGGAGGUCGAGAUCACCGCUACAUGUGGGGAGGUCACCCUCUCGUUCAUUAGUACCCACAAUCCCUCGUCUAUCACCGUCGCAGCUGCCGCUUUCACACUCCCCAGACACCACUACCGCCACCGAUAUUGGCGCUAGUACCGCAACUACAACGAUCGCCGGGCGACCUCAUUUGUCACAGUCGCCACCAGAAGCGCUCGGGUCGACCCUGCAGCGCCCUAACGACGACAGCGGCUCUAGCGCUACGCUUUCGCAAGUCGCACUCACAUUACUUGAACUAUCCGAACAGUAG